UUUUGGCUUGUUAGUAUAAUCUGUGAGGAGGAGGAAGCGUAUAUGGUGUCAGGUCGUUUGAUGGUAUUUGUAUUUCAGUUGUUGCAGUAAUGGGGAAAACGGCGAAGGAAAAACACGGGAAUGAGAGGCGCAGGUCUUAUAACUAUCCAAGAAAUGCCCAAGCUCAGGCUCAGAACUCGGGUACUGAAAGUCGGAACUACAGUUAUUCUUCCGGGAAUGUACCAAGGAGGCCUCCUGUAUACAAUUUGCAAUAUCAAGGAAUACCAGCGCCUGUGCCAAACCAUCCACAUCAUUUUGGGGUUGGACGAGGCUACAUUGGGAGACAUCGUGGAAUUAAUAAAGCACUGAAGCCCAUCUUGGUUAGAAAGAGGACAGAUCAGCGCAGUACACAAGUUUUCUCUCCUGUACGCAAAUCUGCUCAGAAAAUAAUGCAAUCACAAACACAGGUACAAGAAUCUGUGCAAGAGAAAUCUGAAGAGACAGUUUCACAUAAAGAGAGAUCUGCUGAAUGUAUUAUAAAGAAUGGCCUAGAAACUUGUAGCUCUCUUGAAGAAAACCCAAAAGAAGUAUCAGUACUGAAGAUUGAGGAUGGAAGUACAGAAGUUGGAGAUAAGAACUCAGACUGUAAUGAUCCUGAAGGUGUGAAUGAAAACAAACCAGCUACUGCUGAAGAAAAUGCUGACAAAAUACAGCCCAAGUUGAAAUCUGUUACCAUCAAGGAUAAGAAAGUAAAGAAGAGUGCUACAGCCAAAGUAUCUCCAAAAGGAAAACACAGCCCAAGGUCAAAGAAAGAAUCAAAACCAGAAAAUGAGGAAGAAGUUGAGGCCACAGACAAAGAGACAGAAAAGUUGCAGGAUGAGAAAGUAGAAUCAGAAUUGAAGAGUCAUGAGUCUGCAUCAUUACCUAAUUUUCAGCCAAGUACCGAGAUCACCCAUCUGAUCUCUCCGCUUCCAGAAACAUCUGUGAUGAAUGACUGUGUGGUGGAGAUUCCUCAUCAGGAUGAGGAUAAAUCAAAUGAAAGCCCACCAACAAGUGCAGAGGAGAGCUCUUCCAAGUUGCUGGUUACUUACAGUGUUAAAGAUUCACCACGAAGGAGCACACGGCUUGCCACACACCUGUCUUAUCCAAAGCAGAGAAGUCCAGCCAAACCUGAUUCAAGCAGUAUUAUUGUGUUAGACAGUGACAGUAGCAUCUCUGUUUUGGAACUAAGCCAAAAUUCCCAGGGAAAAUCAUUUGCUCAGUCCCUCCGAAGUAUAUCAGGGCGUCCAUCAUUGAGACCACUACCUGUUUACAAUAGAUCAUUCAAUAGGCAAUCUACGAUUGGCUCUGCAUCUAUCCACAGCAAUCUUUCAAGUAGAUCUGAGACUACAACAGGUAAUGAUUCUGAGAGUGACAGUCAAGAAACCAAGAUUUUACGGCCAAGAUCAGGUUUGUGGGGUUUAUUCCACACAUCCAGUCGAACCGCUCCAUCUCAAGACUAUGCAACUGAUAAUGAAGAAUCAACAAAUCGCUCACUUGCAGAUGAUAGUGGGAAUGAUUCAGAGAUGACCGAUCUUCCUGAGGCUCCGUCAAGCCUCAGCUUUGGUAAGCGGAAGAGUCGAGAUGCAGGCUUAGUAGAUGACUCGGAGCAAAAUAACAAAAGAAUUAAAAGUGAAGUAGGACAAAAAAACAAUGCCAGUACAUCUGCUGGAUUGUUCUCCAUUAUGUCUUCACCUAUGAAUUUAUUUGCCAACAAAAUAAGAGGGGAUAAGGGGAAGAGCAGUACUCCUCUUCACAUGCUCAAGACUUCCAUCAUAGAUGAAGAAACAAGAGAUGAUUUGUCUGUACAUGAGGACGAUGUUAGCGAGAUUGAAUAUGAAGAUGAAGAUCCAAGUAACUUCAGUGGAAAAGAAAGUCUGCGAGAUGUUUCACCAAGAAUGGGUGAAGAACAAGAGAUGGCUCCAAGGAGAUGGUGUAGCAUCAUGUGAAAGAAACAAGGAUUUGUGAAACUGCAACUGUUAGUGUAACCACAAAGUGUGGCAUACCUUUGGUUGAUCUGUUCUAUCUUCACAUUUAAGAUAGCUGUGAGAUCACCUGGAAAUUACAGAUUGUGAAAAAGAAAUGUGCUGGCUUGGACAUUUGUAAUUGUCUCUAACUUUUUAUAGUUCUUGUCAUUUUAUGGAGCAACUGAGUUUUAGAAUAAUUGGAAAGAUUUAGUACAAGUAUUUCUGACUCUUCAGUAUACUGAGUUAUAAAUGUUGGUAGGAAUGAGUAGAAAUUGCCAUAUAUUGAAAUGUGUACAGGUUACUGGUAAGAUUAUUUGAUCAUGACAUAAAGUUUUGUGGUGACAACUCUGCAACUGCAGAAUCCCAGAAAUGUUAUCAUUUGCAACCUACCUAUUGAAGUGUUUCAGAUGUUAGGUUUAUAAGGCAUAAACUUCUUUACUGUUGUAUUUUUCUAUGUAUUUCAGAGCAUGUAUUUGUAAACAUAGAUGGUAGCAGUUAACCUUUGGUUCAAAUGAGCUGUGUAACCCAGCAUAAAGGACUGUGUAUCAUGAAGCAAAAUGUGUCGAUGGUAAAUUUGUUGACAAGUGCUGAUUACCGUUUGUUAUAUUUUUAGGAUUUGUUGUAAUAGAUUUAUGUGUUCUUGUAUGUCAUGGUUUUUAAGUUGGUAAUACAACAGCUAUAAGUAGUACAUAAGGAAUGAUGUAUUAUGAUUUACUUUUUUAAUUAACUCUGUACUUUUGAGGAUAAUAUUAAAAUGGAUCUUUGGUAAAUUA